AUGGAUUUUGAUCAUAGAAGCAAGCACAACUUGCGUUUUCAUCAAGACAUGCUCAACAGCUGUAAGCACAUACGCUAUGAAUUUGUCGGUGCUCCACAAAACCCAUUCGAGGCUGCAGCUAAGAGAACACGCGAAGCCAAAGAAACUAAUGCCUGCGUAACUCAAAAUCCAAGUAACCGACAAGAGUCUGCAGACUGUGCAGAGACUGGAAUUUCGGAUGAUCAUAAAAAUGACCAAUGUCUGUCAAAGAUCUGAAGAAUUUGAUAGAAAUGUACCCUCAGACUCGGAUGCCUUAAGCCCGCCGCACACUAGAGCUAUCAGCUGAGCUGAGCGUCAUGCGUGACUGUUGGCGUAAGCAAGUUUCUCAGGUGUGCGGGGACGUUUUGAGAGAUUUCCGGCAUGCCUGCCAUUAGCACUGAAUGUUCAACAUGUUGAAUAAUUUUUGACACAAGUGUCGAUUAUCUUUAAGUGUGCGGGCAGGAAAAGCAAACAGCUUACAAUAUGAUGCCAAUAUGCAUGUGUGCUACAUGAAUCUUUCAAUUAACCAAAAUGGCGACAAGUAGCGUUGUGGUGUCCAAAGCAUUGUUGGAAGACAAAAUCGCCGAUAUUUGGCCGGAUUACCCUUGCCUUUAUGACGUGAGGAGUCACAAUUUUAAAAAUAGAGAUUUGCGUGAUAAGUCGAUGCAAGAAAUAGCCGAAAAACUGGUAUGUUUAUUUUAUUUACAAGUUCACUGUUCACAUUUUAUAUUUUAAUAGUUGGAGUCAAAACGGAAAACUAUAUUACGCUCUAUCUAUAUGGUAUUGAGCACUGUUUGUGUUUCGUAAACCAAAAACUUAAGCUAUAUAUAUAUAUAAGAUAUAUUCGUAAAUAAUGUGGUUUACGAAACGCAAAGAGUGCUCGAUAACAUAUAGUCAGAGCAAAAAUAUCAUUUUCGCUUACCUCAAAAAGUCUGCUACAGGCUGUUUCAUCCGUAUAGGAAUCUAUAGGAAUCUAUACGGAUGAAACAGCCUGUAGCAGAAUUUUUGAGGUGAUCGAAAAUUAUAUAUAAGAUAUAUAUAUAUUUGCAAAUAUCACUAUUCAUGUACUUAUUUUCAUUUCUCAUGUGUAUUUCUUAUCCAGAAAAAGAAUCGUAUAUUUGUAAUCCUCUGAUCCAUAUAUAUUAAAUAAAUAAUAUGGCUCUCUCGUAAUUCUGUAAACUGAAUAUGAUUUUAUGUAUAAUUUUCCAGCUGAGUGGGUAAAAGCAAAAUUAACAAACCUGCGAAACCGUUAUGUAAAAGCAAAGAAACCAGCUGCUAGUGGAAGUGCCAGAAAAAAUCCAACACAAAGAACUGUAUGGUUGUUGGAGAAAUUUCAAUUUUUAGCCCCUCAUGUGGCCACAAGGGCUUCUGUCAACAAUCUAGAAGCUGUAAGUAUAUCCCUAGGUUUAUAAUUACACAAACAUCCCCAAUUUUAAAGAGUAGGAAUAAUAUCCAUGUUUAUUUAACAUAAGAAUUUUAUAGUACUUGUUACAUAAGUAUAAUUUUACAAACCAACCAUACUGUCUUGCCAUGGAACAGAUCCAUGGCUGUUAAAGUAUUCAGUUAAGAGUUCCCGUUGGGAUUUUGCAUUUCUUGGUGCAUUAUGUAGAGUGGAUGGUUGUAAACCCACUAAAAUCGGGUCAUUUCUCCAAGUUCCUGCUGCGAUUGUAUGAUCUGCAUUGUCACGAUCUACACCAGAUGUAUAAGUUGCUUUGUUUUUGUCAACCAUAUAAUUAUGUAGACAACAAGCAGCUAAAAUAAUAUCAGUAACUUUGUCUGGAGAGAGUUUAAUACUUGAUAAAAACACUCUCCAUCUGUGUGCGAAAAUUCUGAAUGCAUUUUCAACAACCCUACGAGCGUGUGACAACCUAUAAUUAAAUAUUCGUUGUCUUUUUUUGCAAAUUCCGAUGAGGGAAAGGUUUCAUCAUAUUUGUCGUCAAGGCAAAGGCGUCGUCUCCAACAAUAUGAUGGUAUAUUUUUGUUGAUAUUCCUCUGAUGCUAGUUGAUGGUGGCAGAUCUAAGGAAUUGGAUGUUAAGGCCUUUUUCAAUGCUGAAUCCCCAAAUACUCCAGCAUCCCCAGAACGUCCAGCUGCUCCAACGUCUACAUAUAUGAAUUUGUAGUUUGCAUCAACCAAAGCCAAUAGAAUAACACUGAAGAAGUGCUUGUAAUUGAAGAAUUCAGAGCCAGUGUCCCCAGGUUGUUGAAUAACAAUGUGUUUACCAUCUAUUGCUCCUAGACAACAUGGGUAGUUCCACUUGCUGUUGAAUUCAGAUGCAAUGUGUAACCAUUCUUCUUUUUUAGUUGGAGUCUAAAAAAUAAAUACAUUUUUAUUUAGGAAUCCUGUGGUUCCCCAGCAAUAGAUGUAAGUUUGACCGAGAUUAGUGAGGAUGGUUUUGUAGAUGAUAACCAAGUCUAUGAUCAAUCUAUAUCUGAUCCAACAAGCCCGUUAAUCGAAAUUGAAGGAGAAGAAGAAAUGGGAGUGACAAGGUCAACAAAUGAACCACUAAAGAAAAGGCCAAGCACUUUGCGAAAGAGACAAGCAGAACAAGAAUACAAAUUAAUACGAAAUCUGUCCCAAUCAAUUGCUGAAAAGCACAAGAGGAAAACAUCUGAUAAGCAAGCUAGUAAUAACAUAUUAGAUGCUUUUGGCAAUUAUGUGACCAAAGCAUUGUCAGAGUUAGAUAGUAGGACAUGUCAUUUGGCACAGAACAAAAUAAACAAUAUUAUUUUUCAAGCUCAAGCUGGCUUAUUAGUCUACGAAAUCCAACCAGCAAUGACGAUGAAUCAGCCACAAAGUUUUUUCCGGCCGAUACCACCAAUGACAUCAUCAAGUCCGCAGUCAUCCAUAUAUCCUCAACAGAAUUCACCUUUUCGAAAUGAACCUGCUAUAUGCAACUCUACAUGUGGAUGCCCAGCUCAAAAUUAA